AUGAUUCAGAUCUACCCGUCCAGUUACACCUACCCCCAUUGGCCCAACCGCCGCGCCGUUAUCGCCGGCAAACGCGCUGCGAGCCUCCCCUCUGCUUCGUUAGACCGAGCCGCCGCCUCACUCUCCCUCAACCCGCCUUCGAAUGGCCCAGGAUACGCUGGGGGAAGCGGGAAUUACGGAGGCGGGAACUUAGGGAGCAGUGGGGGAAGCGGAAAUUAUGGAGGGGGGAACUUAGUGGGGAGUGGGGGAAGCGGGAAUUACGGGGGCGGGAACUUGGUGGGGAGUGGAGGGAGCGCGAAUUAUGGGGGCGCUAAUUCAGGGAGUGGUGGGGGGAGCGGGAAUUAUGGGGGAGGGAAGUUGGCAGGAGCUGGGGGGAGCGGAAACUAUGGAGGCGGAAAGUCAGGGGGAAGCGGGGGAAGCGGAAACUAUGGGGGCGGAAAGUUAGGGGGGAGCGGGGGAAGCGGGAAUUAUGGGGGCGGAAAGCUAAGGGCAAGUGGGGGGAGCGGGAACUAUGGGGAGGGCGCGGGGAAGCAGCAGCAGGCGCGGGGAGCCAAGGGCGCGACAAGGAUGGGUGGGGGAAUGGGGCUGGGGGCGGGGGGAGCGCCGGGGGGAAUGUCUGGGGGGAUGGGGGGAGCUAUGGGGGGUGGGGGGCUUGGCGGGGGGGCGGUUGGGGGGCCUGCGGUUCCCCCAAUGCGCAGGAGCGUGAGUGGGGAUCGAACAUCCAUGAACAAAAUGCCUGGGGAGAUGAUGGGAGGGGGGAUGGGGCCGGGUAUGGGCGGGGGGAGGGGGGGAGGUCUGGGCGGGGGAACGGGGGGUGGUAUGGGCGGACCAGGAGGCAUGGGGAUGGGGGGGAUGGUGCCUUGCCUGGGUGGAGGCAUGGGAGGAGGCAUGAACUACCCCCAGUCCCCUACUCCUGAUUUCUGCAGUCCCACAGUUCCUCCCGAGCUUGAGUGGGAUGGUGUGAACCCGCAAGGGAUUGCCUCUCAGCAACAACAGCAGCUGCAGCAGCAAGGGCAGAAGCCGCAGCGGCAGCACCGGCUUUCUCAGUCUCAGCAGCAACAGCAGCAGCAGGGAGGGGGGUUGGCGCCGCUGCGUCGAGUUCACACCGGCACGCCCUCCCAGCCUGCCGCCCUCCCUCCCACCGCCGCCCUGCCUCUCCGCCGCUCUGUCUCCAGCUCAACCACUCGCACUCACGCCCACACCGCUGCCAACCCCUCUGCACCUUCAGGCAUAGCAGCAUCCGCAAUUGCAGCAGCAGCAGCAGCAGCAGCAGGUGCUGGGCGUAGUCCUGUGUCUGCAUCAUCCCGAGGCGAGUCAGAGGGCGCUCCUGCUGAGACGUUUGGGGAUCUGUACCCAUCUGCUGGUGGUGCUGCAGGCGGGAACAGCUCCUCUGCUUCUAGACCAACCUCUGCUGCCUCCUCUGCUGCCUCCCCUGCUCGUGCUCCUCCCCUCAGCUGCAGCAGCAACAGCAGCAGCAUGGCUUCUCCCGGUAUUCCAGGCAAUCCCGCAGCAGCUGGGGCAGGAACAGCUGGGAGUCCGUUUCGCAAGCCCUUCCCGCCCCUCCCUGCUCUCCAGAUUCCGUUUAGUACCGCAGAGAGUCCCCGCGCGCCUCCUCCUGCCGUGCACCCCUCCAUGCUCUCCCCUGCCAGUUUGGAGGCAGCCAUUAAGGGCAAAGGUGGGGCUCUUCCCACUAGGGGUAUAACAAUUCCCGCAGAGGGAGGGCUGGGGGGUGGGGGAGGUGGAGGGGGAGGAGGAGGGGGAGGGGGGAUGGCUGGGGGUUCAGGGGAGAAGGCUGGGAAGGUGCGAGAGCCUGCUAAGAAGGUGAAGAAGCCGCAGCAAGGGGAGGAGAGGGGCCGGUCUGUGCCAGGGCCGGCAGCUGUAGCAGGAGGAGGAGGGGAGGGAAGAGGGGGGGAGGGAAGGGGAGGAGGAGGUGCAACGAAGGUUGUUGCUUCCAGGUCUUCGGAGAGUGAGGUUGGCGGUGGGAAGAUGCGAGGGAUUAGAAAGAGCCAAACCACCAAGCAGUAA